AUGUUCUCCAAUGCGCUGAAGUCGUUCACAUCCAACAUCUCGAGUAACUACACCAUCAGUCCACAGCCCACCUCGUUCUCUGGGCCAUGGAAAAUAUACGAUGCGAAGAAGAAAUCAACAGGCAAAGCGGCGUCCGUCUUCGUCUUUGACAAGAAGUCGCUAGAGCCCCCGGCCGGAGCUGGCUUCGGCGGGCGGUCUGCUGCCUCCGGCCUCAAGCGAGCACACGAGGAGGUUGUCGAGAGGCUCAAGAAGGAAGGAAGCUCUCUGGCCCGCUUGCGACACCCCAGCGUGCUAGAGCUUGUAGAGCCCGUGGAGGAGACUCGCGGCGGUGGGCUUCAAUUCGCAACGGAGCCUGUCACUGCAUCCCUUGCCGGACUGCUACAGGAAAAGGAUGAGCAAGAGAAGGCUGGUGGCGUUGGUGGCCGCCGGAGUCGCUAUGUCAUAGAAGAGGCAGACGGGCAGAAACGAAGGCGGGAACUCGAGAUUGACGAGCUCGAGAUUCAAAAAGGACUACUGCAAAUCGCAAAAGGCUUGGAGUUCUUGCACGAGAGUGCUGGCCUGGUCCACGCCAAUAUAACGCCAGAAGCUAUCUUCAUCAAUGCGAAAUCUGACUGGAAGAUCUCAGGUCUCGGUUUCUCAACACCUCCCGAAAACUCCACGAAGCCCACGUCCGUAGUCCCGAUAUCUCUUUCAGAAGCGCUCAACCAUGAUGCGCGAUUGCCGCGACACGUACAACUGAACAUUGAUUAUACCUCGCCUGACUUUGUCAUGGAUGGCAAUGUCACACCGGCAGCAGACAUGUUCUCCCUGGGAAUGCUGAUUAUCGCAUUGUACAACUCGCCUCACAAAAGUCCGCUGGAUUUCAACGGAAGCACAUCUUCGUAUAAGAGGGCAUUCGCGUCAUCUUCAUCGGUGCCAAGCAAGGCAAAUAACUUCAUGUCAUCACAGCCACUCCCCAGGGACGUUGCCAAUGGCGUCCUCGAUCGCUUAAUCACAAGACGUCCGGCGCAACGACUGGAUGCACGAGAGUUCCAGCAAGCGCAAUAUUUCGACAAUAUACUAGUCUCUACGAUUCGUUUCUUAGAUUCGCUGCCCGCGAAAACCCCCAACGAGAAGUCACAGUUCCUGCGUGGGUUACCACGCAUUCUCAGCCAGUUCCCAAAGUCUGUGAUGGAGAAGAAGAUACUUCCUGCGUUGCUUGAAGAGAUGAAGGACCGCGAACUGCUCACUCUGAUUCUUCAAAAUGUCUUCAAAAUCGUUACCAUGUUACCAACGGGUAAACGUGCAUUUACCGAAAAGGUCAUACCUAAACUUCGUGAAACGUUUUUGUCGAACGCGGCACCAAGCGCUAAGGGAGCAGCACAAGAACGCGACAGCUUGAAGGAGGCAGGCCUGAUGGUGUUGCUCGAAAACAUGCAAAUUGCUGCAGAGAACAGUAGCGGAAAAGAAUUCAAGGACGACAUUCUACCGAUAAUCAACUAUGCGCUUGAGUCACCAACGCAUUCCCUAGUCGACGCUGCAUUGCGUACAUUGCCCGUGGUCCUUCCAAAACUCGAUUUCUCGACGAUCAAGAACGAACUUUUCCCAGUCAUUGCCACUAUUUUCGCAAAAACCAGCAGCAUGGGCAUCAAGAUACGGGGGUUGGAGGCUCUGAGAAGUCUUUGUGGUGGCGGCAUAGACGAACAGAGCGACUACCAGGGAGAUGGGUUGACUGGCAUGGUAGAAGCACCCAAAGCGAAGAGUUCGAAUGUGUCGAUAUUGGACAAAUACACGAUCCAGGAAAAGGUCACACCGUUACUUCGAGGCAUCAAGACUAAGGAACCGGCUGUCAUGAUGGCUGCUCUUGAUGUCUUCAAAGCUAUCAGCCACCAGGUCGACAGCGACUUUCUUGCUAUGGAUGUCCUUCCUAUAAUCUGGCAAUUCAGCUUAGGCCCGCUGUUAAACCUCCCGCAGUUCCAGGCUUACAUGACACUGAUCAAAUCGAUGUCAGCGCGUGUUGAGAAUGAACAAACACGUAAACUCCAGGAGCUGGGCGCUAACAAUGCCACUGUGACCACGCGCAACGAGUUCAUGAGCUUUGGAGGCCCAAGCACGACAAAUGGUCUCGAUACCGCUGAUGGAGGCGGCGAAGCUGACUUUGCAGCGCUUGUACGUGGUGGCCCACAGGGCUCUUCUGGUGGUACAGAUAUGCUUGGUGGCGACCCAUGGGGCAACGGAUCUGCGUCUGCGUCGUCUUCUACUAUUCUUCCAUCUCACGCAUCCGCAAACCGUUCGCGGUCGUCCAACAAUGCGUCUCCAGCGGCGACGUUUUCGUGGUCUACACCACCUGUAUCCCCGCCCCCGCAAAACAACAUGUCCUUGAACGCGCCAAAAGCACAGACUCGAGCUGUAAGUCCGGACAGCACAUUCGGUGGUCUGAACACAUCGUUCCCAGCGAUGGCACCCAGCAACCCAGGCAUUGGCAGUCCCUCGUUUGCUGCACCAUCACAACAGUUCAAGCACGUUAUCGUCGAAUCCGUGGGGUGCAUCAUCCUCUACCUCAAACAUGACAAGCAGCCUCUCCAACUUCUCGAUAGCACCGCCGUCGUCUCAACCGAGCCAGAGCAAUCUGUACUCAUCCUUUAG